AAGCUAGCUGUCGGUUUCACACCUCCUUAGUGUGUCUGUGGCUGCGGCCAAGGGCUGCUGCUUCUUCAGUCACUCGCGCGUACAUGGGCCUCAUGAUAGCUGACACAGCAACUCCGUUCUUCCUGCAGUUAACCCAGGUGGCGGUUUCUGUAACUGCUUACAGAACUUGACAGAUAUUGCAGAGAGUAAGAAGAGAGAAAAUGCCGUCCACAAAAUAAUGCAAGAGAAUUUCCUAGAACCAACUUCGUGAGGAAGGGGGUUCCCUGCGUGGCCAGCACUGUGUGUGAAAAGGCAGGUGUCCUUCGCUCUCCCCAUCUGUUCAGUUCCCGGGUGCUGAGUGCAGUGUCCCGUCUCCAUGAAGCUGACGUGACAGCAUCCAGGUGAAAGGGCCCCCCUGCCCUGUCCACGGACAGGAUGACCAAAACCCGGCUCUUCCGCCUGUGGCUGGUCUUGGGGUCUGUCUUCAUGGUCUUCCUGAUCAUCGUGUACUGGGACAACGUGGGCACUGCCCACUUCUACCUGCACACUUCCUUCCCCAGGCCGCACCCCCUGGCGCCGCUGCCCACCCCCACGCAUGGGGCAGAGAAAGAGUUCAUGUCGGACGUGGACGUGUUUUUGCAGAAGCUGCUUGGCGGCAGCCUGAAGCAGAACGUCCCUUCGGGUAAAAGGACGGAGCAGCCCUCCGUGCCGGCCUCCAACAGGCCCGUGCUGAGCAACGCGGAGGAGAGCGUAAGGGGCUAUGACUGGUCCACCCGCGACGCCCAGCAGGGCCCGGACCCGGGCGGGCAGCAGGCCGAGAGGCGGAGUGUGCUCAGGGGGCUCUGUGCCAAUGCCAGCUUCGUGUUCCCCACCAAGGAGCGCUCCUUUGACGACAUUCCCAACUAUGAGCUCAACCACCUCAUCGUGGACGACCGCCACGGGGUCAUCUACUGCUACGUGCCCAAGGUGGCCUGCACCAACUGGAAGCGUGUGAUGAUCGUGCUGAGCGAGAGCCUCCUGGACCGUGGCACCCCCUACCGCGACCCCCUGGACAUCCCCCGGGAGUACGUCCACAACUCCAGCACCCACUUGACUUUCAACAAAUUCUGGCGCCGCUACGGCAAGUUCUCCCGCCACCUGAUGAAGAUCAAGCUGAAGAAGUACACCAAGUUCCUGUUUGUGCGGGACCCCUUCGUGCGCCUCAUCUCGGCCUUCCGCAGCAAGUUCCAGCUGGAGAACGAGGAGUUCUACCGCAAGUUCGCGGUGCCCAUGCUCAAGAUGUACGCCAACCGCAGCGGCCUGCCCGCGUCCGUCAGCGAGGCCUUCAGCGCGGGCCUCAAGGUGUCCUUCGCCAACUUCAUCCAGUAUCUGCUGGACCCGCGCACCGAGAAGCUGGCGCCCUUCAACGAGCACUGGAGGCAGGUGCACCGCCUCUGCCACCCCUGCCAGAUUGACUACGACUUCGUGGGGAAGCUGGAGACCCUGGACCAGGACGCCGCCCAGCUCCUGCGGCUCCUCAAGGUGGACAAGCUCCUGCACUUCCCCCCGAGCUACCGGAACAGAACUGCCAGCAGCUGGGAGGAGGACUGGUUCGCCACCAUCCCCCUGGCCUGGAGGCAGCAGCUUUACAAACUCUACGAGGCUGACUUUGUCCUCUUUGGCUACCCCAAGCCCGAAAACCUACUUAGAGACUGAAGGCGUCGGGGGCAGUCCCGGACCUCAAAACCAGCUGGGCGGGUGGGGCUUCUUCCAACCCGGACCAAGGGUCCUGCCGCGCCACGGCCUUCCUCCCGAGAAUGGGUGAGGGGUUGCCGUGUGUAUUUUUUUAUGGCUUUGUUCCCCUCCCAGUCUGGCCCGUGGCACAACUCCACAGCGCUCCCGUUGACCAGGCAGCUGGAGACUCCUGGAAUCGACGGCUCCCACACUCUGGUUUUUCAUAUCACCUGCGGUUUUGCAAUCUGGACGUACUGUUUAUUCCACUGCCUGUAUUCCUUGAGUACUGUGUUAAUAUUGUUUUUUUAAGAUUAAUAUAUUUCAGAUAUUUAAUAUGAAAAGUGGAGGAGAGGAUGGAGUAAAGGUCACAUCUGCUUCUGC